AUGACCCCUGUCGUGUCCAUCGUCACUCUCCACCACCCCCAGCAGCACUCCAGGCGCCCUCGCUCGCACACCCUCCCCGUUCUGCCUUUGCCGCAGACUCAAUCCUCGACUCCUACGACAUUGGGUGGGAGUCUGGCAAGGGCCCCAAUCCGAUCGACACCACAAAGCCUCCAAAGUCCAACCAAAAGGGCCAAAGAGGGCAUCCCAUUUGCAACUGGUCCUGAGUACCGCAGAUCGCGACAACUUGGCCGCCUGUAA